AUGAUCUACCCUUCAAACAUUAACCCUAGCUUCACAGAUUUCGCUGAAACUUUCAAAUUCGAUGAUUAUGAUGAUGAUGCUUUUCAGAUGAUCAUGGAAGGAAUCAGCCUCGAGGAUCAUUCGCCCACUUUGAGUUGGACUUCGUCAGAGAAAUUACUUGCUACAGAAGUCACAAGCCCGCUUCAGACAAGCCUAGCUACCUCACCUAUGAGCCUUGAAAUAGAGGACAAAGAUGAGAGCAAGAAGAGGAAAAGACGCAAAGAUGAUCAGGUUAUUCACGUGUUUAAAACGAAAUCAAUUAAAGAAGCUUUAGAUGACGGCUACAAAUGGAGGAAAUACGGCAAGAAGCCAAUAAGGGGUAGUCCGCAUCCGAGGCAUUAUCACAAGUGUUCGAACCCCAACUGCAUCGUGAAGAAGAAGAUCGAGAGAGAUACGACCAAUCCGCAAUAUGUGUUGACAACCUAUGAAGGGAGACAUAACCACCCAAGCCCUUCUGUGGUUUAUUGUGAUUCAGACGACUUUGAUCUUACCUCUCUCAACACUUUGUCUUUUCAGACACAUACUAAUAGUUAUUCACAUUCCCCUCCAUGACCAUACCUGCAAGAUUGUGAAUAUAGAUAUGUGUAUAUAGUAUAUAUCAUCAUCGCAAUCACGCAUCACAUGUAUCCCCACAUCACAUACAUUGUUGUAUCGGUUUUGUACUUGUACUUAUGGUCUUAUUUGGGGUGGUGUGAUGGAAAUCAUCUUGUAUGUCAGGUAUGAUAAUAGUUU